AUGGUUGACGGAUCUACUGUUACGCCGGUAGAGGGGACGAAGCGGAACCUCUUGUUACUUGCUCACUGGCACGAGUUUCUAUCUGGUCUGCUUAUCAUUUACGUUGUUUCACUUCUGUGGAAGGUAUUCGACCGUCUUUACCUUCAUCCACUUGCCUCCGUGCCUGGCCCGAGACUCGCCUCUAUCACCUCGCUCUAUGGGUUUUAUUACAAUUACAUUCAAGAUGGCACAUACAGUAAAAGAUUUGCCGAGAUGCAUAAAGAAUAUGACUCACCCGUAAUUCGCGUUGCGCCCAACCAAGUGCAUGUGAAUGAUGUGAAAUUUUAUGAGACCGUGUUUCGUACAGGAGCUCCAUAUUACAAGGAACCCGAAUUCUAUUCAUCGCUGGGAGCUGAUGGAGCAUUGGCUUCUCUGACCGAUCCAGCGGUGCACAGAAAGCAUCGUAGCUAUCUGAGCUCACUAUUCUCCACACAAACCACGAUGGAUUUGAAGCCUCGACUUCUAGAGACAUUGAAUAAAGCAGCUAGUCAUCUUCAAAAGGCAGCCGCCAAAGACAAACCAGUGGAUAUACAAAAGAUUUACAGCGAGCUUAUCGGAGAUGUCGUAUGCGAGCUAAUGUUCGCGGAUACCUACAAUUUCAUCGACUCUGGCGACGAGGGCCACCCUCUUCUCAAUGAGGUCGACAACCUGGGGUCUAUUACCUGGCUGAUGAUGGAGUUUCCCGGCUUGAAGACCGUCAUGAAAGCCCUCCCAUCGUCUAUAGGUAACAGGCUAAGUCCGGAGAUUAUCAAGUUUAGACAGUUCUGUACCGACCACUUGGCAGAGGCACAACACAGAAAGCUAUCCGGCAAUGUCCCGGCCAGGAAGUCAUAUUUUGAUCUUUACCUGGAAAUUGACAGUCGCAAAGACUCUCUACCAAACGUGGCGGAGGUGUUCGAUGGCGCCUUUAACUUCAUGACUGCAGGCAUUCACACAACUGCUUAUACUCUAUCUUGGGCGACUUUCAACAUCAUAAACUCACCAUCCGUAUUGGCCAAGGUCCAAUCAGAGCUGGAUGAAGCCAAGGAGGCGAUCCGUGAUGACUUUGAUCCAAAGCUGAUUCAAAAUCUGCCUUAUCUUGGAGCCGUCAUCCGAGAAACAAUGAGGGUAGCAGACCCGGUGCCUGGAUAUCUGCCUCGCGUAGUCCCGAAAGAGGGUGUCCAGGUUGGAUCAUUCUUUCUACCCGGAGGUACCAGCGUUUCCACCUCCCACCCUGUUGUCCAUAUGGAUCCAACCAUCUUUCCCGAGCCAGACAAGUUCGAUCCUGAUCGUUGGAUACGUGGUGGAGAGGAACUCGAAAGAUACAGUGUUCCUUUUGGGAAAGGCUCGCGUCGCUGUAUUGGAAUGAGCGUCGCUUACAUGGAGUUAUACGCGGUUCUGGCCUAUAUAUUUAGCCAUUUCGAGCUUGAACUGGCGGACGAUGAGUCACGAAAUGGGAUACAAUGGGCCGACCGCAUUGUUGCCCGUGCUACGUCGGAUUUGAAGAUCAAGGUUUCGAAGGAUCUUUGGAAUGAUUAG